AUUUAUGCCAGACACCACCCUUGAAAGAAUCAUUUCCCUCAACAAUGAAGAAACUAACAUAUAUACUCCUGUCUGCGGCAAUUUUCGCUGCGGUUCUUUUCAAUACCACAACUCCCGUGCUACUCCCUACUAUAUUCGAAGUAUUUCGACCAAUUAGCGAGUAUCUAGGGAAAAAAAACAGCGUACAAGAAAUCAAGUCGGCCAUAGACAUCUACAUCAAAUAUAAAAAAAUUAAUGAACAAGUACCGAAAGAAGAGGCGAACCUGAUAGAGUCGCUGCUGACAAUUUGCGGACAGCAAAGUAAGUUAUUCGAAAUCCUUGGCAAGGGGAACAAGUGCACGAUAUCGGAACUUCAAAAUAAUUUACUUUCGAUAGUCGAAAGGUUAAACAAACCGAAGCCCGUUUAAUAUAUUAAAAAGCUACUCUUCUAAAGUCAAAAAUAUAACUAGCAAAAA